AUGCGGUCCUUCAUCGUUCUUCCUGCGCUCGCCGCGCUGGGUGCUUCCCAAUCCACCACCACGGACAUUCCGGCCGAUGUCAACCCGACUCCGGAUGCCCUCGACUUGGAUUUCCUGAGGGGCGCCGCCGUCCCGACCUAUACCACGGUCGAGGGCGUUUCCUCUCAGGAGGUUCCCUACGCCACGGCCACUGCCAUUGCGGCUGUCGAGUCUGACUUGAGCGAGACUCCUCUCUCAGUCUUCCCGGCCGUCACUACCGUUGCCAUCAACGCUGCGGGCGAGAGCGAGGCCACUGCCACGGCCACUGCCACUGCCGACAAGCGUGGCGUCGAAGUAUUUGAGAAGCGCACUGCUUGUGCUCCUCAGGCCACCAUCUCCAACUACUACGACAUCGAUGUGUCGACCUACGACAAGUUCAAGGCCGACGCCAAGAUUGCCUCUGUGGCCAACGCUGCCGCCACGCCGCAGGGCUACUUCCAGAACUUCAAGAACAACGAUGGCGCCAACAGUGCCUACGCCUACCUUGGCUACACUGUUCUCGACACUGGCUACGAUGUGGCCGCCUGUGCUAAGACUUGCACGGACAAGGACGGAUGUCUUUCUUUCAACAUCUACUUCGAGCGUGAUCCUACCGUCGAGCCGGGUGAUGGCUGCGAGGACCCCGAGGCCUUCGCCAACAUCAAGUGCUCCUUCUGGGGUAGCGCUCUCGACACGACCACGGCCAACAACUAUGGACAGUGGCGCGCGGAUUUCCACGUCGGUAUCGCUGGUUCCAACGCCUACACUUCUUACGAGAUUGGCGGCCCCGUUGAUGGCUGGACCACCCCGCUCAGCCUUGACAAUGCUGCCCUCAAUGCUCCCCUGAGGGACUGCGCUGGUACCUGGACCUACAUGGGCUACAAGCUCUUCCAGGAUGGCCCCUUCGACCCUACUCUCUGCGCUGCCGCUUGUGACGCUCAGACCGAGUACAACAUCGCCCACCCGCCGUCCAGCGGCUACACGCCCCUGUGCGCUGGCUUCGGCACCUACCUCCUGACCAAGACCAACUCGACUGGCUCCUUCAUCCAGGGCCAGAUGUGCACAAUGUACACGUCUGCCUGGGACGUCGAGUACGCCGUCAACACUGCUUCGUACGACGACUCGAUCGGCGCCAAGUACACGUACAGCUACAGCUUCUUCUACUCCAAGUCUGAGCUGCAGCCCGUCUGCGACGCCGACCUCUCGUACCUCCAGAGCGAGGCCGCCGACUUCUGCACGUCGUACCUGGCCUACAGCGCCCCCGUGACGACCACGACGGCCGUCAUCACCCCCAGCGGCUUCACCACCAAGGUCACUACUGUUACCACCACCACUGUCAGUGUUGCUGGCACCGUCACCGGCGCCGCUGUCUGGAAGCGUGACGACGACUCCAUCACCACCAGCCUCGCCACGGCCACCGACUACACCACCGUCGCCAGCCUUGCUACCGACGAAGUCGCCGUCCUUGCCACCGUCACCGUCGCCCCCAUCCCCUCCAACGACACCCUCUCCUCGGCCAACGCCAUCGAGAAGCGCGCCGUCGCCACCCCCGCCUCCAUCUCCGGCUGGGCCGCUGCUAAGAUUUCCGCCGCCUGCUCGCGCGUCGCCACGGGCACCAAUGUCAUCACCGCCACCUCGACCGCACCCAUCCUGACCACCACCGUCGCGGCCACCGCCACCGCCUCGGUCGGCUCCUGCACGCUCCCCACGCAGCUGCCCGCCCUCUUCGCCUGGACCCCGCUCGUCGGCGCCUGGGACUCGACCAACGGCCAGCCCGCCUCCAACCCGUCCGGCGCGCACUACGCCCAAGCCUACACCGCGCAGCUGCCCUUCAGCGUCUGCGCCUUCGGUACUUGUUCUGAUGUGAUCAGCGUCGGCACCGACGGCUACGUGUCGUUCUCCGACGUCCAGCUGCACGCCUACUCCAACCUCGGCAACGGCAUCUACAUCUACCCCGGCGGCGCGCACGGCGUCUUCUACCGCGUCUCCGGCGCCGUCGGCUCGCGCCGCCUGACGCUGGCUUGGUACGGUGCGACGAUCUCCUGGGGCCACCAGAGCACGCAUGUUAGCCUCGAGUUCCGCGAGGACGAGAGCAAUGUCGUGUACUUCAAGUACUUUGACGUCACCCAGGACGCUCCCUGGGCCGACCGUGCCGACGUCUAUGUGCAGAAGGGCAGCACCGUCACGCGUGUUGCGGCGCAGGGCACCAAGAUCGAUACCGGUGCGCAGUACAAGGUCUCGACUUCGUCUGGCGGCUCUGUUUCGAUCGACAAGACUCUGCAUGAUCGCGUUGAGUGCUGCACUAAGCAGGGCUGGCACAGCUGCACUGAGUUCGGUGCGGAUGGCGCUGUUGCUUAA